GGUCUUCUCUCGCCCGAUGCCGCUCCCUCCCAAUCCACGUCCGUGAAUCGUAUCAGGAUGAUGGUGAGGGAAAGGGGGAGGUGCGUGCGACAAUUGUCGCUCGAGGGGCCGGUGAGAGGACCUUUGCGAAGACAAGCUUCUGAAGAUCUUAGACCGGGUCCGUUGAAGAUCGCCUGGGCGGCUGAACCUCAGCUACAAAUCCAACAGCCGUCCAAUAACGUGGAAAUCGUGGCGAAGAAAUGCGGCCAACCAAAACCUGCCGUGGUGAAACCUCCGAGGAGCCCUUUUUUACCCGAUCAGAACACCGUGCUGUUCUCGAGGCAGCAGUUGACGGAAAGGCUGAGAUCAUCUUGGAAAAAGAAAAACGGGAGGCACAAUCUUAACAUUUUCCUAAACCAGAAUCAGAGUGUGGACAGCGACACGGAUCUGACCGAUCCUAGGCCGAGAACACCGGACAGUUCCGAUGACGAAUUGUCCGAUAAAGAACUUGCCGUUACUAGCAGGACCCCUGAGCCGACACUUCCUCCCCAGGCCGAAAGGGAAAAACUAUGCGCUUCUGAAAGGAGGAUGAAUUUCAGGAACGCGGGAAGGCAGAAGGUCGUCGAAUCCCUCUGUCCUACCCCAGAGCCGAGGGUUAAACCUCCUCUCCAGAGGAUGAUGUCUGCUCCGGUCCGAGCCCCGGUGAAAAAACUAGUCCGGGCUCCAAGCGUCGACAACCAGAGGGUUAAAUGUGCUCCGUCGAAAAAGAAGCUGAAACCCCCGCCGAGGAGAAAGCCGAAGGAGGAAAACGGUGAGGAGGAAAAGACCCAACGAAAAGGAGUACGCCGUGGGGUUGAGCGAGGCGAAGUGAUAACCAUGGUGUCACUAGUUAGCCCUGCGGAAAGUGAUUCUGACGAGCCGGUUUGUAUGCAUCUGCCACCAACACCGAACCCGACUCCUCCUCCACCUUCUCCGAAAGAAGAACCCAAACCGCCGCCUCCGCCUCCUCCGAUUAUUUGCCUUCGAAAGCCGUUAAAAGCAGUUACUUUCCGACCAGCGGGGCUGAUACAGACCAACGGGACUCAAUUUCAAACCAACUACACUUUGAAAAGAACUCCAGUCGUUAACCAGACCAACUCGCCGCCGCCACAGCGUUCCUGUCCGAACGGUGCAGGUUUCGUAAGGCCUCCUGUACAAAGGCAAGGGACCGUGCAGCCCCGAACGCCCGUUCCGCAGCAGGCCCAGACCAUUGCUCAAACCGCGCAGCAAUCGCCGAUUCUGCAACGGCAACCGACGCCGCCCGUGCUGCAAACGGCUCCGCAAGCGGCUCCGAGAGCGCAUCAUCCUCUUAUUCACCAAACGACGGUCAUUAGAAGAAAUUCACCGACAAUCGCCCCUCCAUUGAUACAGCCGGUGGUCAAAAUCGAACCCAAACAGACCAAUAAGAAUCCAGAGCCGAAAUCGGCGGAGGUGCCGCCAGAUAAGAAGGAAGGAAAAGGGGAAGAGAACGUCGAAGUGCAACCGGAGAAGAAGACAGUGCCGGAUUUCAAAAACCAAAAAGAAAAAGAAUGCUGGGACCUGUUCAAGAAAAUGUCAGACAGAGGUGUGCCCGUGUCGUUUGAAACCGUUCUAAGAGGUCUCUUGACGCCGACCGAGUACAGGAUGAGAAAAGCGGCCCUGCUUUCCGUUUGCUGACAGGAGAGUCUGGAGGCCGAAGACCCGCCUCCGGCCCCGGCCUCCGCUGACCUGGCCCCCAACUGAAAAGCCCGAAGACUUGUUCCGCGUCCACCCCCCCCCCUUGGGAAAAAUCCUUCACAGCCAAGGAAAAUGAAAGGAAUCCGCCGAGGGCGUUUUAUCAUCGUGGUGGUCGCGGGUCGGCGGCGAUCCUAGGAAAUGGUGUGAUCCCUCCCUCCUGCACUCAGCAGUUUGGGUCAUUUCGACAUCACGCGAGAUACGCGUGCUCUACACAGUCACCUUCUUAUAAAAUUAUUGCAUCAUUAUUUCCAUUCCGGAAUCAGUAAACAAUCCAAAAGGGGCGUGUAAAUAACAAACACAAAAAAAUUGUUAAGGUACGAUAGGCCUUAAAGCAAAAAAAAAAGGUUUUUGAUUGAUUUAAAAAAAAUACAUAACUAACAUAACUAAUUAGCUGUAUAUUUAUUAGAAAGCUGAAUAGUUUCAAAAGUGUAGUAGUUCCAGGAGCAAGCCUCCCCCGAUUAGACAAUUAAACCUUACAAUAUUAAUAAUAACGAACAAAAUCGAUUGUUGUAUUUUUGGUACAUGUUUGUUAUAGUAUAUAUUGUUGUGUGUAGUAUAUGUCAAAAUAAAAACCUGUUGAUAUUA